CACCAUUUCAAGGUUAAAGCACCAUCUGGGACACCAUUUAUCGUUAGAAAGGAAGCUUACAACGAGUAUGAUCCCUUCGCACUGGCAUGUCUUAUCUCUGUCGAAUUGGAACUAAUUCCGGAGCCUUUGCGGAAAAUGGCCAUUUACAGCAAAUCAAAGCGAAAAAGUUACACUUUGGAAGAUGUGCGAGGGUCUCAGAUCGGCAGAAUUCAGUAUUUUUUAAACAGGGAGCUAUCCUACCUUCUGGAGUGUGGCAAGUUUGUCUCUUCUCUCUAAGGAUUGUCAACGGAGAACCAACGGUUUCUGUUCGUCCCAACGCAGCCCAAAAGUUCCAAAGAAAUAAACAGGCUGGUGGAGGGGCUUACAUCCCGGCUACUAUUCACGUUGAGGGUCCACGCGAGCACAAAAAGGCUGUGCUCGACAGACUCCGCACGUCC